AUGGAAGACGGCGCACUCCUGUAUGCCGCCCGCGACGGCAAUGAAGGCGAGGUCCGGGAGUUGCUGGACAGCGGAGCUGACGUCCAUCAACGAGACGAGGAAGGACAGACCCCCUUACUCCUAGCAGCCACUCGGGGCCAUCGAGAAUUGGUCCGAAUCCUGCUAGAGGAAGAUGCCGAUAUCGAGGCGGCAGACAACGCCGGAAAUACAGCCCUACUGUGGGCAACCAGAGGCCGACACACAAACGUCGUGCGCCUGUUGCUCCGGAAAGAAGCGGACAUUGAUACUCCUGAUGACACUGGGGAUACUGCUCUUCACGUCGCGACGAGAAUGGGCGAUGUCGCACUGGUCAAGAUGCUGAUAAAGUGGGGUGCUGAUAGGGAUGCGCUGAAUGAUGAGGGGAAUACACCAUUCAUGUUAGCCAAGGAUGCGGGCUAUCACAAGUUGUUGAAGGAACUAGAAGAUGAUUCAUCAAAGGAAGAGGACCUGUCCGAAGAUGAUCGGAGGGCCGACGCAGCGAAGAGGAAGGCUAAAGAAGAGAGAAAAGCUGAAGAAGAAAGGAAGGCUGAAGAAGAGAGAAAGGCUGAAGAAGAGAGAAAGGCUGAAGAAGAAAGAAAGGCUGAAGAAGAGAGAAAGGCUGAAGAAGAAAGAAAGGCUGAAGAAGAGAGAAAGGCUGAAGAAGAAAGGAAGGCUGAAGAUGAGAGAAAGGUUGAAGAAGAAAGAAAGGCUGCGGCAGAGGAAAUUACGAGUCGCUGUCGUACUCUCGAGCUAGAUGAGGGUAAUCCUGGCACGGUUUGGGAUAUAGCAUUCUCGCCAAAUGGUAAAGAACUGGCAUCCGCAUCUGAGGACGGUACCGUCAGGCUCUGGACACUCAAGAGGGGCAUUGAGCGUACCAUCGGAAAGCAUCAGGGCUAUGCAUUUGCUGUUGCAUUUUCGCCCGAUGGCAGAGUGUUGGCAUCUGGAGGGGGUGGUAACUGGCAUUACCGAGAACAGGUCGUCAGAACCUGGGAUCCUGUCUCCGGGGCUGCGCUCCGGACGCUCGACACCUACCAGAGGACAACUGGCGAUCAUGUCUGGUCCCUGGCAUUCUCGUCGGACGGUCGAGUGUUAGCCACUGGGGGUAGAGGUGCACUCAGGCUCUGGGAGCCUGCCACAGGAACCAUCCGCCUCACGCUCGAUAACAUGUUCAGCAGCCACCUCGCUCUAUCACCGGAUGGUGGGCUAUUGGCAGCCACGUCAGCGAUACAUAAUUUUUACUCGAUCAAGCUCUUCAAUCCUAGCACAGGAAUCGAACAGCGCACGCUCGCGGGUCAUCUGAAGGAUGUCCACUGUGUGGCGUUCUCGCCGAACGGUCAUCUGUUGGCGUCUGGGUCUGAUGAUACAACCGUCAUACUUUGGAACCCUGCUACGGGAGUGCAGUGCCGCACGCUCGAGGGACAUUCGGAGGCAGUUCGCUCGGUGACAUUCUCGCCAGAUGGCAAACUAUUGGCAUCAGGGUCUCAUGACCAAACGGUUAAACUCUGGGACCCUGCAACAGGAGAAUUGCAGCGCACCCUCAAAAAUAAUUCAGCCGGGGUUCAUUGUGUGGCAUUCUCGCUGGACGGCAAACUUUUGGCAACUGGGAAUAUGAAUGGCAUUAUCGAGAUUUGGGAGGUCUAG